AUGCGCGAAACACGACCGCGUCGCGAAGGACCAUUUGCGCCCGACUAUCUAAGCGGCGGGGUGGUGGCCCCCGUUCCGCCGGCCACCAGCGCGACGAGCGACGCGAAUUCCCUACAGGCGCCCGACUAUCUAAGCGGCGGGGUGGUGGCCCCCGUUCCGCCGGCCACCAGCGCGACGAGCGACGCGAAUUCCCUACAGGCGCCCGACUAUCUAAGCGGCGGGGUGGUGGCCCCCGUUCCGCCGGCCACCAGCGCGACGAGCGACGCGAAUUCCCUACAGGCGCCCGACUAUCUAAGCGGCGGGGUGGUGGCCCCCGUUCCGCCGGCCACCAGCGCGACGAGCGACGCGAAUGCCCUACAGGCGCCCGACUAUCUAAGCGGCGGGGUGGUGGCCCCCGUUCCGCCGGCCACCAUUAACGCGACGCAUUGA